UGGCACUAUUUAGUUACCAUCUAACCAGCUUGAGCAUUGGUUAACACAGGGACACUCCUGUGCGCUGUGCACACACCAACACCUGCCACAGCUGGUGGUGGACUGCCGGAGCACCUCGCUCUCUCUCUGCCUCUACAGGUUGGUGUCUGACUGGCGAUGACUCAAUGAAAUACAGCACUAAGCUGCGACUGCCAGACCCUCCCCUGUAGUCUCCCCCUUUGCUGUUCCCAGCCGCUGCAACUGGAAGCGUAUAGAGAGAAGAGAGCAGAAGAGCAGCUGCUGGACCGAUGGAGAAGAAGCAGGGAUCUUCUCAUCAGUACGGUUCACUGGAGCGCACUGAAUGGAGCAGAGGCACCAACAAACCAGAGGACGACGUGGUGUCCAUGGCAGACUCCACCAUCACCAUGGACGACAUUGAGGGGGAGCUUUUCAAGAUUGAGAGGAUCAGGGACGUCCUGGUCAGGAGGGAGUCAGAGCUCAGAUACAUGAUGGAUGACAUUCAGCUGUGCAAGGAGAUCACGCGUCUGAAGAAGGAGCUGCAGAAAUUAGUGUCCAUACCAGAUAAUGACAAGUCCAACGAGGACCGGCAGAAGGAGGAAGAACUACUGCAGCAGAUCCACAAGCUGGUCGAGACCAGAGAUUUCCUGGUGGACGAUGUGGAGUUUGAACGACUCAGGGAGAAAGAGGAAGAUAAAGAAAUGGCAGAAUUUCUGAAGUCCAAAUUCCCAAGAAAUAUGAAGAAGAAAGGUGUACCAAGCAGACGAGUGCCACCCAGGGCUCAGCAGACCUCUUCUCCCUUCGCCAAGACAGGCCUCACCCUGCUGAGGGAGUGCUGUGGCUUCACAUGCUCUAUCAUGUAGACUGCAAUCAAAAUGGAUGGGCCCCACUGCAGGGCUGACACAGAGGGCCACAAACCAAAAUUGGCCUCUCCGCAAGAGUCAGUAUUUCCAGUUUCAGCUUUUAAGUUCAAGACAGACUUUGAAGCAUGGAUGGAGCAGUACCGAUGCAAGUUAAGAAUUUCUAAGCCGAAGAGCAAAAGGAUAUCGCAAUGCCAAUAUUCGAGUUUGUCUCAUGUUGGAUCAUAUUUGUCUCUUUCGUUGGAUUUAGUGUUUAGCUUUGUUUCUGUCUCUGCUCUAUGUGUCUCUCAUCCCACUCCUGUUUUUUUAUUUUUACUCUCGUUAAUCACUGCUCAGCCAUCUUCUUCUUCUUAUUAACAGCUUCUAGAAGGAACAACCCAACAUAUGGUAUUUAUUUCUCUUUUUCAGGCUGAGAGGACAGGGUUUUAAGGACAGAAACAGCAUAGCACAAGUCAGGCAUGUAUUGUGUACACAGUAAUUGGACUCAACUACCAUGACACGCCUACAAGUUUUAUAUUUAAAGACUUCUCUGAGCUAUGAAAACUGUCAUCCCCUCAUUAAAAAAGUAGCUGUUUUGUUGGAGUCAGCAGGGCAGUCUAGACACACUGCUGGCACUUCAUAAUCGGCAUUAAGGAGAUAACACUAAUGAAACUGACAUUAAUCAGGAGCUGUUAGGAUAAAGUUGCCUGUGAUUUGACACCUGAUCUAAAUGGACACAACCUUUGAAAAAGUGGAUGUUUGAAAAGAAACAACGGAUGUCUCAUUGUGCUCUGUUUUUCUUUAAAGGAGCUCUAUAUAAUAUUCAGAGCAUUAGAGCAGCAAACCACUGUUCACAAAGUAAAGAUAGAGAGCACAGAAUGAAGUCACGGUCCCUUUGUAUUUGUUGUAUCCACGCUUUUCUGUUCUUUGUUGUGGUGGCCGGUCUGGCUGCGUGUGCAUGUUAGUGCAUGUCUGUUCUUGUUUAUUUCACUUGUUUAUUUCACUGGCAAACUCUUUGCCACCAUUCUGCACUGCAUUCAUAUGGUGGU